AUGUGUCGCCUUUAGAGUGUCAGCUCCUGUGCUGUCUCUCUCCCUGGGACCCGGAAAUGGCGCUGAACCCGCUCCAAAAACUCAGCGACGAGGAAAUGGCGGAUGUCAAGCGAGAUGUUUUUGAAUCCUUGCGGCCAUACUUGUGUGACAAGAUCAUUGCCGAAAGACAUUUUGACUACCUGCGUUCCAAAAAGAUAUUAAGCAAAGAUGACACAGAGGAGAUUUUGUGCCAAACCACAAGUCGCAAGAAAGCAGGAGAUUUACUGGAUCGUCUUGCGAAAAAUCCAAAAGGUCUGGAUGCUUUAAUUGAGUCGAUUAGACUCUUACAGACACAGGAUUUCCUGAUAGAGAAAAUAACCGAUGAGGUGCUUCGAAUUAAGAACAAAAAGAUGGAGUCUGUUAAAGAGAGCAGUUUAAGCACAUAUAUGUCCACAACAAAUGGAGCAGUGAGCGAGCUUUCAGCAGAUGAGAAGUUUUUCGCCCCUGAAUUGGAAUCAACUGUUCUGUAUCACCCAGAAGGCGAGAUCAGUAUUCCUCUCUAUUACAACCCCUCGCUGACGCUGAUAAAUCACUCGCUUUUAGAACAAGGAAACAGCCAGAAUAAUCGACACAGCUCUCCGUCAUCAACAAGGCUUCCCAAACCAGGAGAACCCGGGGCCCCUCCACUUCCUUGUGGCCCCCAAGAAAUCAACUCAAACUCACCGAUUGACAACCUCUUCCUACCUCUACGAUCCAGUUCUCUGUCUGCAAAUUGAAACCAGAAGGUAUUUUAUACAACUAUCAGACCGUUCUAUUCUUGGAGCCCACAGCGAUAUCACAAGACAAUGAGACUUGGCUGCAUUCUCGGCAUCCCUCAUGGACAGCACUCAUAACAUAAGUACUUUUUGUAGUAUUUGCCACACAUUAGUUUGACACACCAAGUGCCUACAUUUUAGAAAAUGGUACCGCUACGAUUGGAUCUUUCCAAAUAUCAUGUCAUUUUUAAACUAUACCAUGUAAAGAUACAACUCACUUCUGGGGAAUCUCUUACUCUGUUAACUGAUUACUCCAAUCAAAACCUGUUUUUAAUAAAACACAUUGGACAAAGCAAUGCUUGCAGGAACAGCCGGGGCCAAGCAGUUCUCCUUCAGAUGGGGAGAGAUGUCCCAAAGGCAAGGCUGAAUGAGGACUUUGGGCAUAAUGGUGGUGGGGACAUACCAUCAUUGAUUGUCCAUCGUCCAGCUGCAAACACCAAUGUCUGUCCACGCAGACUCCAAACACCAUCGCCACAGCAUGGAGUAACCCUUUAACCACUAAAUACAGUUGUUGCUGUAUAAUAUGUAGCUUCUGUGUCAUUUUAGCCUCUUCUUCCCAAACGCAACAGCAUUAAAUGCAAUCUCUUUAUUGGUUUGUGGAGAUCGAAUUAAAGAUACAGAAUCUGUUCUUUAAA